AUGUCUUCCCCAACCGAGACAGCCCUGAUCAAGACGACCCUGGGCAGCAGCUAUGCAAACCUCCUUCUUCCCUGCGUGUUUCUAGGGAUGGUCGCGGGAGACUAUGGCUGGGAUGACUCGGCCGUGUUUGUUCUGAAUUUCCUGGCCAUUUUCCCUCUGGCCUCGCUGCUCUCGUUCGCCACAGAAGAGCUCGCAAAGAGCGUGGGGGAGAUGGUGGGAGGUCUGAUCAAUGCCACGUUUGGAAAUGCCGUGGAGAUGAUUGUGGGCGCGACGGCCGUCAACCAAGGCGAGAUUCACAUUGUCCAGUCCAGCAUGCUGGGAAGCAUUUUAUCAGGCAAUCUCCUGAUUCUCGGCUCCUGCUUUCUAUUCGGUGGCUAUAAAGGACAGACGCUGACCUUCAGCGCGGAUGUGAGUGGGAUCAUGUCUUCCUUGAUGGUCGUGACUUCUGCUUCACUCGUCAUUCCAUCCGCUCUCUAUUCCACCUCCUUUGCGAAAGCAGAGGAUCUCAACGAAAGUGUCCUGGCGAUAUCUCGUGCCGCCGCCAUUCUCCUGUUCCUCCUUUACCUGGUCUAUCUAUAUUUCCAGUUGAAGAGCCACGCAGAUCUCUUCAGCACAGAGGAAGAUUCCGACGAAGCAGAAGGCCCACCACUUCUGGGCCCCUGGUCCGCCAGCGUGGUGCUGAUUCUCACCACGCUGGGCGUAGGGUGCUGUUCCGACCAGCUCAUCGACAGCGUCGACGGCAUCGUCGAGGCGUGGAACAUCAGCCGGGCGUUCAUCGGGCUGAUCAUCGUGCCGAUUGUCGGCAACGCAGGCGAAUUCACGACGACGGUCAACUCCGCCAUGAAGGGCAAUCUGGGACUGGCAAUUGGCGUCAUUGUGGGGAGUACGCUGCAAAUCGCGCUGUUUGUGACCCCCUUUAUGGUCAUUUGGGGCUGGAUCAUCAACGAACCCAUGUCGUUGCAUUUCAACACUUUCGAGACGGCCGUUUUCUCGCUGACGGUCAUCCUGACCAAUUCUCUCACACGCGAUGGGCGCUCGAACUACUUUGAGGGUUCUUUACUGAUUGGAAUGUAUUUAAUUCUGGCGGUGGCAUUCUUGGUCCAUCCAGACACAAGCAGCACGAAAUCAACUUGAUUAUGACAACAAAUAACUGCCGAUAUCUCAUGUCCCGCAAACUUAAACGCAAACAUAAUCAUCAGCUUCAUCCGUAUAGAACCCUCUAGACGCCCUCUAUUCCCUUAACAUGGGUCACUGCAACUCCAUCCUAGAUCCGCGUGUUAGUCUUUGACUAAAGAGGGCAAAUAGAUAGACUCACCCGUCCAAAUGCAGUUUCAAACUCUUGCACGCGCGAGUCAUACACCAGAUUAGGAUUUGGCUUCAAUGCACCGACAUCU